AGCGGUUGGCCAAUUCCCCUCUCCCUGGCUGGCUCGCUCGCAAGCGAAGCCAUGAUUUUUCUUCGAACACGUAAGUGAAGCCCACAAAUUCAGAUUACCUCUGUCUCCUGCCGUUGCUGAUUGGCAGGCUCCCAGAAGCAACGACCAAGUUCUCAUCAAUGGCCGCCCCUCUCUCCAGUAACUCGUGACCUCUCUCGGCGCUCGAAAUGGUAACGACCCUUAAAAACCUAUCUCUUAUUCACCUCCGCAGGCACUACCCCCUAUUGGCUUGUCACAGAUUAUCCAAGUUUUCUUCCAAACCCCACUUUUCCCAACAAUUUAUAUCUGCCCACAAUUUGGUCUCCCUCGUCUGCGAUUUACUUUCUCAGGCUCAAUGGAGAAGAAGCUCCGAGCUCGAGCAAUUGAGUCAGUGGGUCAAACCUCACCACGUCACUGAGAUUAUCAAUACCCACAAGAGCACUCAGGUGGCCUUGGGUUUUUUUUAUUGGGUUUCUAAGAGGCCUUUUUACAAACAUAGCGUGGACUGUUUUAUGACGAUGUUAAAUAGGCUCAUCUGUGAUCGGCACUUCGCGCCCGCGGAUAAUGUCAGGAUUUUGAUGAUCAAAGCCUGUAAGUCUAAGGAAGAGAUUGCUCGUAUUAUUGAUUAUCUCAAUGAAAUUGGCAGUAGAGGUUUGGGGUAUAGUUUAUAUAGUUUUAAUACGUUGUUGAUUCAAUUAGGCAAGUUUCAGAUGGUCGAUGCAGCUCAGAAUGUUUAUAAGCAAAUGCUGAGCAGUGGGAUCAAACCCAGUUUAUUGACUUUCAAUACAAUGAUCAAUAUAUUUUGUAAAGAGGGGAAGAUUCGGGAGGCUGAGUUGGUUCUAAGUAGAAUUUUUCAGUACGAUUUUAACCCGGAUGUGUUUACAUAUACAUCUUUGAUUCUUGGGCAUUGCAGAAAUGAUGACCUAGAUGCAGCAUUUGGGAUUUUUGAUAGGAUGCUGAAGGAAGGUUGUGAUCCAAAUUCGGUGACAUAUUCAACUCUGAUAAACGGGCUUUGCAAUGCGGACAGGGUAGAUGAGGCACUUGGCAUGCUUGAUGAAAUGAUUGAGAGAGGCAUUAAACCUACAGUGUAUACAUACACUGUCCCAAUUGCUUCGCUAUGUGCAAGUGGACGUGUGAAAGAGGCUGUUGACCUUGUGCCCAGCAUGAGGAAAUGGGGUUGUCCCCCGAAUGUGCAUACAUACACAGCUCUCAUUAGCGGGCUGUCUCGAUUGGGAAAACUUGAGGUGGCAAUGGGAUUGUACCACAAGAUGUUGAAAGAUGGCCUGGUUCCCAAUACGGUCACAUACAAUUCAUUAAUAAAUGAGUUGUGUUCAAGAGGAAGAUUCAAUGCUGCUCUUAAGAUUUUCUAUUGGAUGGAAAGACAGGGUAGCUUGCUGAACAAUGGAACCUGCAAUGAAAUCAUUAAAGGAUUUUGCAUGGUUCAAAACAUUGAGAAAGCGAUGGUUCUUUUCAACAAAAUGCUCAAACUAGGUCCUUCUCCUACAAUUGUAACAUACAAUACACUCAUUAAUGGAUACCUCAAAAAGGGGUAUCUGGAAAAUGCUUUGAGGUUAUUGGACUUGAUGAAGGAGAAUGGAUGUGAACCUGAUGAAUGGACAUAUGCAGAGCUUGUUUCAGGAUUUUGCAAACGAGGAAAGCUUAAUUUGGCUACCAAUCUGUUUGAUGAAAUGGUGGGGCGAGGUUUGAGUCCAAAUGAGUUCAACUAUACUGCUCUAAUUGAUGGGCAUUGUAAGGAAGGGAGAGUAGAUGAUGCCUUGUCAUUACUGGAGAGAAUGGAGGAAAGUGGGUGCAAUAUUGAAGUUGAAACGUACAAUGCUGUUUUAAAUGGUUUGGCCAAAGAGAAUAGGUUUUCUGAAGCGAAAGAACUAUGUAACAAAAUGGCUGAAAAGAAUGUGCUUCCAAAUGUAAUUACCUAUACCACUUUGAUUGAUGGGCUUUGUCGAAAUGGAGGGGCACAUCUUGCAUUCAAAAUGUUCCAAGAAAUGGAUAAAAUUGAAUGUUUUCCAAAUUUAUUUACCUACAGUUCACUCAUUUAUGGGUUAUGUCUAGAAGGCAAAGCUGAUGAUGCAGAAAUGCUACUUGAUGAGAUGGAGAGGAGGGGAUUGGUUCCUGAUCAUGUGACAUUCACCUCACUAAUUGAUGGGUUUGUAAUGCUCGGUAGACUGGACCAUGCAUUUUCACUUCUACGACGCAUGAGUGAUGUGGGAUGUAAGCCAAGCUACCGUACAUACAUUGUGCUGGUGAAGGGCUUGCAAAAAGAAUGCCAUUUGCUGGCAGAAAAGGUUGCAGUCCAACACAACACGGCAUAUGAUUGCAGUUCAGUUGACAAGGAUACCAGUUCUGAAAUGGUAAAUAAUCUUCUAUUAAGAAUGUCAGAGUAUGGCUGUGAACCUACUAUUGAUACCUACAAUGCCCUGAUCACUGGCUUGUCCAGGGAAGGUAGAACUUAUGAGGCAUGCCAUUUAGUUAAGUGCAUGGAAGAGAAGGGCAUGGGUCCUAAUGAAGAGAUCUGUUACUCUCUCUUGUGUGCUCACUGCAAGAGUUUAGAAGUGGACCAUGCCCUAGAACUUUUUAAUUUGGCUGUUGUUAAAGGCUUUGAGCCUAGUUUAUCAAUUUAUAGAGAGCUCAUUUGUGCCCUUUGCAAAGCAAGUCGGAUUGCAGAUGCUCAAGCUUUGUUUGAAAACAUGCUUGAGAGACAAUGGAACUCCGAUGAGAUUGUUUGGACUAUUUUGCUCGAUGGGUUGCUCAAAGAGAGGCAGUUGGAUGUCUGUAUGAAGUUUCUUCAUAUUAUGGAAUCAAAGAAUUUGAGUCUUAAUUUUCAGACAUACGUAUUGCUGGCUAGAGAACUGUCAAAAGUAGAAACAUCUAUUGAUACAAAUCAGCUGUCUGAUAAAUUGAGAGCCACAAAGGUAUUUUCAUGUAGUUGAGGUUGGCCUCUCUGAAUCAAGAAGCAAAAUGAGGUUUUUCUUCAUGAACACGGAUGAGGUUGACCUUGGUUAUCUGACUAUGGUGCAAUUUUCCAACCUGUACAGCUGUAAUUACUUUGCAUCUCUAUCCUCCAGUGAAUGAAUUCCUGCCAAAAUGUCAUGCCAGAUUGUUUUAAGUCAAACCUGGAGCAUUGUCAUGACGACAGCCUACUAGGAGAAGAGGUUGCUUAUUUCAGGAUGCAAUCAUGCAAUUAGGCAGCUUGGAUGUUGCCAGCAUGUAUUAAUUGACUUCUAAGGAGGAUUUAAGCUAUACUUUAUUAUAUUUUAGUAAACACCAAUAUUGAUUUAUGCUGUGCAUUCUUCAUUGAUUUUUCAUUCUUUUAUACUUUUUCUCCUGGCAUAAUAUUUGCCCGUUGUAUUAACUUGAUCCCAUAAUGACAACAUUGUAAUGAUUUUGGUGUGUUACACAUGAUUUACCUUUACAUUUCCCUGGAAUACCUCUUGGAUGCAACCUUGUAGUAGACACAAUAUUUAGUUAUAUGUGGUUUCUCAUGAGACCCUAAUUAUAAGAGUUAACGAUUUUGAUACAUAUGGCUUGCAUACAAAAUUGAAUGAAUAAUUAUCACCAUCCAAUCAAUGUGGUGAAUGUGUUGCUCCUGGAUGCCAAUUCAUUAACACUUGGAAGUUCGUACUCUCAUGAUUACCUGGUUCAAAUGCUGUGAAGUUUUGUAAAAUCUCCGGCCUGCAUCUAUUGCUUUUGAGGUUUAAUUGAGACAAGGAAUGAGGAAUGCUGAUGGACAUUACAAUUACACUGUAUGUUCGGGAGAUGGGCGAUAUUUAGCAACUGAUGGACAUUACAGUUAGGAGAUGACAGAUAUUCAGCAAUUGGUACAAGAUCUACUGCUCAAAGUUAUCCCUAGACUAAAGCUGGGAUCAUUUUCUUUCCGGCAGAAGCUACAGAAACCGUACUGCUGUAACAUAAUGCCUGUUCAGCACUUAGCAGCAAUUUUUUGAAAUAACAAAUCCCUUAUUUGUUAUUCUAACUCUGUACUUAUAAGCCGCCUUCAUCCAAUGAAAUACUGUUUUAAGCAUGUUGCAAUUUAUUUUCUUCUGUCUUCUUCCUGUAGUCAGUAUUAUUUUUACGCUGAGAAUCACCUGUGCAGCAUUCAUUUUAUCAUCUUAAAUCGAUGUCUUCCUCUGCUUAAACUUUAAAUUUGAAAUUCUUUUGAGGAGUUUGUUGACCGAUCUCCCUGUUUGUUACUAUUUUUUCUCUGUAUUUGCAUAUGACCAAAAAGUCCCAAAAAAGAAAACAGAGAUAUUGGUUAACAAACAAUGAUAAUGCCUUGCCGCUUUGUUCUUUUUCAUUUCUCUUCCCGAAAACCAUGCCUCAGCAUGGGUCAUAGAAAGCUCUACUAGCUACUGGGAAGCUUGACAUUAGGGGCAUAGAGAUGUGUUCGGUAUAAUUUUUAGGCACUUCUAAUUUAGUCAUGUAUUGAAGAACAACUGUGUAUUGUUAGUCCAAAUCACUGUUGCAGUCUAAUUUAGUCAACACAUAAGCACUUCAUUUUAGUGGGAUAAGGCCCGUGGUGUUGUCCAUCUGUAAUCCCUGUCUAAUCAUUUAUCUAUCUGUACCUUAGAAUUAGAUCACCAAAAUCUCUUCACAGGAGAUUGCGCUUUGGCUUGCUCUGGAGGAGGAAUAUGGUCAUUUUCCUGGACUCUCUCUCUUUUUUUUCUCUCCAAGCAUACUUCAAAUAUAUAUUCCUUCCUACCCUUUGUCUUUUCUGCAUGCUCUCAUCUGUCCUGUCUGAACUUCACUGGAAGAGCAUGAAAGUGAAAACAGAUAAAAGAAAUGAUAUCCUCUCCAUAAGCCAACAAAAGAGGUUCCAUCUUCUACAAAGCCUAGGGAGACUUUAAGAUCUCAUCUAACCCAUCAUUAUUCCCUUCAACAUGCCCUUCCAAAUGCUACUCUCCGCAACAUUUGGAUUUCUCCCUCAACUCUUUGCUAUCUCAAAAAGCCCUUUUGCCUUCGCAUACACCAAAUCAAUCACCACCCUCAGCUAGGUAGAUUGCUUUAACAACUUUUCUUCUUGGACUUUGUUACAGUCGGCGAUCUCGCUUCCUGUUACGUCGUCCAGAACCAGUUGUUACAAGCUUGGCAUUCUUCUCCUAUAUAUGCACUUUUACUUGCGCAUCUAUUUCAUCUUCCCUGCAAUUGAAGGCUCUCUCUGUGUUUGAAAUGGGGAGCCAGAGUUCUGACUCCUCCUUGGCAGGUUCCUCCAUAGCUCUGCUGCAAGAACGGUUCAAGAAGCUUGAAAGAGUGAGGGAGAAGAGGGAGGAGCAGGAGCUUCUGAAGCUGGUGUCAGGGCCUGAACCGGCGGCAGCUCCUCCGGCUGUGGCGCUGCUCCUUCCACUCUCACCUCCCCCUCAGGAUGGCCUCUCCCUGGGUCUGAAGCUGAACUCGCCCGGAAAGCAGCCGGCGGCCGAUUGCAGGGCCAUCAAAAGCAGAGCAUCCAGAAAUAUAUGGUCCAGUGGCUCAACAGCCAUGAACAGCAUCUCAGCCAGAAACGAAAAUUCUGAAGUUGACACUUCUCUUCAUCUGUAGAUCACUUCUUGUUCUGCUCCUGUACUUAGUUUUCUUUUUUAUUCUUCUAGCUUUUCUCCAAAGCAAUGCUGCUGUGACACUUGCAAGGAAGGUGAGGAGGAGGAGUCAUGUUGUAAGAUGUGUUGCUUCAUAUAAUCACAUAUGUUCAAUGAUUGCAGCA